UUUGUUUUUGUCCACUAUUUUGUAGUCGUUUUUUUUCGUAUGUCUGAUGAAGUGCCUAUGUUGACAUUUCCAACCGAGUUAAAUCAAAUAAAUACAUUCAAGUGUACAUCGAACUCAUUCAAAAUAAAUUAACAUUUUUAUCAAUUAUUUAAGCAAAAACGACGACACAAAUCAAUUCAGACAUAAAGUGACAACCGAACAGUGUUAAGAUUUAUACGUAUUUUUUUGUUAUCAAUUCCAUUUAUUAUAUAUAGUUAAUCAAGACUGAACAAGUACAAUGGCUCCACAGAAAGGAAAACAAGGAACCAAAGGUGCCAAACAAAUAGUCGAAGAAAAUGCGGCCACCUUGAAAUUUUAUCAAUAUAUGGCGGCCGGUUCAACCACUAUAUUCUUUUUAAUGAAUUUUUUAUUUUUUGAAUUCACCGGAACAGUAUCGGCGAUGGCAUUUGUUUCUGUUGCAAUCAUGCUUGGCUCUUAUCAAUUUAUGGCAUUUAUGUCGAAAGCAAAGUAUACCGAAAGCGGCGUUUUACUGGACAGUGGAAGUGAUUUGAAUAUGGAAGGUGGAAUUGCUGAGAAUGUCAAAGAUUUAAUCAUUCUAACGUCAGGUACACAAGUGCUGUCGCUGAUCUCGAAUUGGUUUUGGAUUUUGUUGUUGCUGGCACCAGCUAGAGCCAUUUGGAUGUUAUGGGGAUCAGUGAUUCAACCAUGGUUAAGUCAACGAAAUGAACAACCAGAAGUCGAUGAGAAAAAACAAAAGAAACUUGAACGAAAGAUGAAACGCGAACAAAAAUUUAGAUGAACAUGAGAUUGGAAAUGAGUUUAGUUUAAUUGUGUGUAAGAAUGCCUUUUUUAUUAAUUUAUCAAUCACUCCACGAAUGUAUACAAGUGAACAUUCAAGUGAACUAUAGAUGAAAUCUUUUUUUUUUUUUUCAAAUUGAGUGUGGCAAGUAAAAAAUUCUUGUCGAAAAAUACAAAGGGACAAAUUGAGAUAAAAAAAAUUAAAACUGUAUUUAUUUUUUAAACCAAAUGAAAUUGAUAAUAAAGAUGGAACAAAGCCAACAAAAAA